AAACAAGCUUUUAAUAUAUAAAAAUUAUUAUUUAAAUUCUAAAUAUUAAAAAUAAUAAUGCAAAAUAAAAAAAUCUAUUAAAUUUUCUUUUCUUCCAAAUUGAAAAAGGUUCUGUCCGACGCCGGAAAAGCCAAAGCCUAACGUCGUCAUCAUCUUCUUCACACUUUUUCUUCCCAUUUUGCCCCUCGGUUCAUUGAAUUAACGGAAGAAUUUGGGGCAUGAGAUCGUUAAUAUGGCCGGAGAAUUCAACUGGUGCUCCGUCGACAUCGCGGAGUUCUCCUUCGGCGGCGAAUUGUAAAAACAAUAAUGUCUUUCAGCUGUUAACAAGGAGGGAGGUAACUCCUCGAACUAAAUGUGCUUCCAGAAAGUUUCGGGGUGAGAACACUAAAUGUACUCUUGACUCCUAUGGGUUAAAACGCGAAGUGGCAAGUGAUGCGAGACGGGGACUUAUAUCAUGGUUAGAGGCAGAGUCGUUGCAACAUUUAUCAGCCAAGUAUUGCGCACUAUUGCCUCCUCCAAGGUCUACCAUUGCAGCAGCAUUUAGUCCUGAUGGGCGGACACUUGCUUCUACACAUGGAGAUCACACAGUGAAAAUAAUUGACUGCCAAACUGGGAAAUGCUUAAAGGUUUUGAGUGGACACCGCAGGACACCUUGGGUGGUUCGUUUCCAUCCGUUGGACCCUGAAAUACUUGCAAGUGGAUGUUUGGACCACGAAGUUAGGUUGUGGGAUGCAAAAACUGCUGAGUGCAUAGGAUCGCGUGAUUUUUAUCGUCCCAUUGCAUCCAUUGCAUUCCAUGCCCAGGGGGAAGUUCUGGCUGUUGCUUCAGGCCACAAGCUUUACAUAUGGCACUAUAACAGAAGAGGAGAGACGUCUUCACCAACAAUUAUACUGAAGACACGGCGUUCCCUUCGUGCUGUCCAGUUCCACCCACGUGCUGCCCCGUUUCUUUUAACAGCUGAGGUCAAUGAUCUGGACUCAUCAGAUUCCUCAAUGACACGUGCGACUUCGCCGGGUAACUUGUGGUAUCCUCCUCCUACUGUGUAUUUGACUGAUGCUCACUCCACUUAUCAAUCUGCUUCAGCAAAUGAACUGCCUAUCAUGUCUCUACCAUUCCCUAUCUGGCCAUCAAUUGCUAGAGGUGAUCCCAGAAUGAUCAUGCAGCAGAGUGAUACAGAUGUGGGAUCUGACAGUAUACAGCACAGAGCAGACACUUCGUCAUCUGUCCGCCUCCUUACAUAUUCAACUCCGGCCGGCCAGUACGAACUUUUAUUGUCGCCUAUUGAGCAAAGUGCAUCUCCUGCACAAGAAGCUCAUACUGGUUCUUCUGUCAGGGAAAAUGAGACAAGUAUCCAACCUUUAGCUGAUCCCAUGGAGACUGAUGGGCAGCCAGAAGAGAGAAACAAUCAGUUUUUCCCUUUUAGUGACCCAGCAUACUGGGAAUUGCCUUUUUUGCAAGGAUGGUUGAUGGGACAAGGCCAAGCUGGCCAACAAACAACUCAGUCAGAGCUUAGUGGUGCUACCGUUAAUCCAUCAACUUACGGUGAACUGGAAAAUCCUUCUGCUGUUCCCUUGGUAACAAGCAAUAUUCAUCCAAGAUCCGGAAGAUCUGGUUCUCGGCACCGCUCUUCACUCUCUCGAGUGAUACCUGUUGCUGGAGCUGGUGAUGGUGCUGCUCCCGUCAAUGUUGUGCUUGAUGAGAGUGAUUCUCAAACUUCUAUUGGUCGCAUCCAGUCAGAGAUCGCUUCAUCGUUGGCUGCAGCAGCGGCUGCUGAAUUACCUUGCACUGUGAAACUCAGAAUAUGGCCUCAUGAUAUUAAGGUUCCAUGUGCACCCCUUGAUGCUGAAAGAUGUCGCUUAACAAUACCUCAUGCUGUACUUUGCAGUGAAAUGGGAGCCCAUUUUUCACCCUGUGGGAGAUUUUUAGCAGCUUGUGUUGCAUGUAUUCUGCCAAGCUCGGACUCUGAUCCUGGUUUUCAUGGCCAUCUUCAUCAUGACAAUCUGGCAGCUGCGACUUCUCCAACCAGACAUCCAGCUGCUGCCCACCAGGUUAUGUAUGAGCUACGGAUAUAUUCCCUGGAGGACGCAACAUUUGGUUCCGUGCUUGCAGCUCGGGCAAUUAGAGCUGCUCAUUGUUUAACUUCAAUUCAGUUUUCUCCAACUUCAGAGCAUCUGUUACUUGCUUAUGGGCGUCGCCAUAGUUCACUACUGAAAAGUGUUGUGAUUGAUGGAGACACAACUAUACCCAUUUACACGAUUCUUGAGGUCUAUAGAGUUUUUGAUAUGGAACUUGUGAGAGUUCUUCCCAGUGCGGAGGAUGAGGUCAAUGUCGCUUGUUUCCAUCCUUCGGUUGGUGGUGGCCUUGUCUAUGGAACCAAGGAAGGGAAGUUAAGGAUUCUCCAAUAUGACAAUUCAAACAGCCUGGGUCGCACAUUAUCACGUUCUCACGUCGAGAACAUGCUCGAGGUCCCAACAUAUGCUAUAGAAGUCUAGUAACUUCUGAUGAUAAGAGAAGGUGAUAGGGUCUCAUAUCAAUAUACUAGUCCGGCUAUGGCUAGCAGCUGCAAAUAUGAGUGCUUUUGCUGGUGGCAGUGAAACCUUGAACCUUAAUGCAGUACAGCAGAAUAUGGAAGAGGUUUGUACAGAGCUCGUGUAUCUGGGACGAGAAGAUUCACAGAGCGUCUCGCUUGAACUACCCCUGAUAUGACUGCACGAGCGGUCUGGAGUCCUGUUAGAUUGGAGGUAAGUGCUGGCGGGGAAUCAAGGGACUGUUUCUCUACAAUUUCCGUGCAGAUGACUUCAAAUGUACUAUAGGAGUUCGAUUCCUAUUUAUGGAAUUUCUUUCAGAAGCAAAAAGAAAGAAGAAGGUUAUACACAUACAUAAAUGAGUGUUUCUACCAGUUCAUCUUUUUACUCUGGAAAUGUUGUAGUAAUUUUCUCUUAUGUCUCUUUCCGUCACAUUUUGUAAGAGAAAUUCGCACAUUUUUCUUCUGCUUUCGUCUUUGAAAUCUAGAAGUUAUCGGUGUGUUUAGAUGUAUGAAUAUGGUUAUAUCAGUUGACAACAGAAGGGGUGUUUGAAUGACUGUUUUCUUGUA